AUGGGUAAUAAAACGAGUGGUAACGAAAAAAAAGAUCCGACUAUUUUAACUAAUGAAGAUUUGAAAACAUUAAAAAUAAAUACACAAUAUACAGAAGAAGAAAUUCUAGCAUGGCAUUCUGGUUUUCUUAAAGAUUGUCCAAUGGGUAAACUUGAUAAAAAACAAUUUCUUAAUGUUUAUAGAAGAUUCUAUCCAGAAGGUAAAGCUGAUAAAUAUUGUAAUUUUGUAUUCAAAGCAUUUGAUACAGACAAUAAUAAUUCGAUUGAUUUUACAGAAUUUUUAUUAGCUGUUGAUGUAUCUCAACAUGGAAAUCUUGAAGAUAAAUUAAAAUUAGCUUUUGGUAUUUAUGAUCAAAAUAAAGAUGGACAAAUUAAUCGAAAAGAUAUGAUUAAAAUAAUUGAAGCUAUGUAUGAUUUAGCUAAUGAAGAAGAUCGAGCUGGUCUUAAAUCACCAGAAAAACGUGUUGAACUUAUAAUGCAACGUUUAAAUAAAGAUAAAGAUGAUAUUAUUCUUCGAAAUGAAUUUAUUCAAGGAUGUCUUCGAGAUGAAUUAUUACGUAAAAUUCUUGCUCCAAAUACAACAACUUUACCAGAAGAUCAAACAACAAAUUCAAAUAAUUAG